AAACAUUGCAAUGACAGCUCCAAAUGACGCCUGGCAAAUGACAGUACAAGUUUGUCUGUUUGUCUAAAUAAUUGAAUUUGGCGGUAAAAAUUGUUUCAAUGGUGUUUUCUUAUCUGGAACCGUACAUCUGCAUCUUUCCGAUUCUAAUGUUGUGAAUUGCAGACAAGCAGGCAGAAGCAAGCAUAUCUCAGGCCGAAUCGAAUACCGAGCCUCAGCGCAAAAUUUGGUAAAUCUAGUCAAAACCCCGAGGAAAAGUUGUACGAUGGAUAGUUGCAGUAUCCGUACGGAAGACAGUGCGAAAGAAGUCCCCAAAGAACCAACACAAUGCAGCAGCAGAACCAAGCAAAUCUUGAACACAAACUGUUUUACUACUAGCAAAAAACAUUCUGCAUUCCGUCGGUGCCGUCCAGGUGAUGGAUUUUCUAGACCUGCAUCAUCUAAACUUAAGCCGUACAAUGCAUUCACACCGUUAAGUGAACUAAGGCAAAUCUCCAUAAUUGUUCCGGGGCCUAAUACAUUGUGCAACUCGUUUGAGGCAAACCAAAGCUUUCCGCGCAUUGGAAGAAGGAGCACCAGAUACGGUGGCCAGCUCAGUAGAGCCUCGUUGAUAAGUAAAAUAAAUUCCCCAGUGCGGCUGAGCUGGCACUCAAUGGCAAACAUGGAUCGGGUCCGGGUGGACGGUUCCAAUGGCGUUCGAUUCACGGCCUUCCGUCCGAAGGGAAGCUGCUAUCCCCACGGUGUUUCCUCGCCAUACAACAAUUCGUACAUUGCAUCCACAUCGGAAUCAAUAGGGCGGCUUCCAAAAAGUGAUAUCAAUCCGAACAAGGCUGUCUUUACCAUCGACUCGAAAACGUCCCGAAUACUGAUAGUAAAUCGGAAUGCAUGUGAGUUGCUAGGAUACAACUCAAAAGAACUGUGCGAGAUGGAGUUUACCAGUUUGCUGUUGAACAAAAAUAAGAUGCACGUGUCGGCUUUGGCGGAAGGUCAGUUGAACAGUGAAGACGGGACGGUAAUAAUCUUGAGCGGGAAAGUGGUGGAGCUGUGCACAAAACACGACAAAAAUGUAGCCGUUUCCCUGUGGGUUCGACAGAUCGACACCGAAGGACAGAGAUGCCUAGCUGUGGCCGAACCCGUCGAACGACGAAUAGCACAAGUGGUGAUCGAUCCGAAUGGGUAUAUUAUAUCGGCAGAUAACGAGGCCUUGAUGCUUUUCCAGCUGGAUUCGGUAGAUAAAUUCGGUGGUAUGGAUGUAACGCUGCUAAUACCGGCCAUCCAGCUGCCAGAUCCGGACUCGAGUCUAAUAGCAAAGCAUAUCAGAAAACAGAAGGCAACCGGUAAAACUCAGGACGGCGUUUCGUUUCCAUUGUGUUUGAUGAUCUCGCACCAUGAAACCGGUACUGACACCACGGACAGUGGGCUAUCCAACCCGAAUGCAUUGCUGUACAUGAUCACCAUCUGGGUGUACACCAAUCUGUCCGGGUUGCUGGUAAUCGAUGAAAAUUCCCUGAUAGAAUCGUGCAAUCAUCACUUUUCCAUGCUAAUGUUUGGAAUCCCGCAAAGUAAGACGAUCGGCGAGCACAUCACGAAGCUGAUACCAAACUUUGGGCAGGAGAGCGAUUGUCUGACCAGAAGUCGAAACGCUACUCUAUCCUCGCUCGAUAACGACGAAUCGGAAACGGAAACGGAUCACGUGGAAUUGGAGACCAACAAGGGCGAUUUUCUGCAAGGUGCUCUAAAUGAUAUAAAACCAUCCCAUUGCGAUAAUGCUAGCCCUGUGAUGGAGCCGCGUAAAGUAUGCCUCGAUUUUACAAACGUCUCACAUACCGGUAAACGAUCAUUCAACGGUAGUACGGUUGCUGUGACGAGCACGCUGCCUGGUGAAUCGACGGCAGACGGUACGGACGCCGGACAAGCAGUCGUUGGUGGUAGCGAAUGCGUUACCGACGAGCCUGGAAACCAAUACAGUAUUGUGGUGACAUCAGAAAAGAUAAUCUACGUAGAGGACAAUAGUGAAAAUAAUCGAAACUAUGCAAACGUAUCAAACGCACAAAACUCCCAUGCCUUAAAGCCGUGCACUUCUUCAUUAACGUCGUCACCAGCACCAUCCACGAAUGCGUCAGCAUCAAACAAUGCAUCUGCAUCUGGCGCGUUGCGAGAUGCCGAAGAGGUAGCGAACAAGUUUAAUAGUGUCUUAGCAUCGGAAGAGUAUGUUAAUGUAUCGGAAAGCGAUUUGCUCACGCCAGUCAACGAAAAUUCCUUAUGUAUGAAUUUGUUAAAUUCUAAAAAUGUGUCCAUCAACGUUACUAAAAGUCCACUGUACACUUCGGAGGACAUAAAUGUGGCUCUGCUUAAGGACAGCACACCGGCCAGUGCCCCUCCGGUUUUGGUCACCCCUCGGUUCAUAAAACCGUACGAUCUUGCCAAAGGAGCAGGUUCGCUGGUGACCUCCACUCCGGAUCAGCACAAACGGCACUCGGCCGGCGGCAUUAAUGAUUUAAUCCGGCAGAUGGGAAUUUCUGCAAAACGAAUGUCUUAUGUGGAUGGAAAGUACCGUGGAGAGGCGAUUCAUUAUGACGGGAAUGUGAUUGAUAUUAUUUACACCAUCUCCAGCCAGAUGCUUCCCUGUGGCCGCAAGGUGUAUUGCAUUUGGAUAAGCCGAGAUCCCGAAUCGUCUUAUAACAAUCUGGAGGAGGCGAACGUUACGCUUACGUUUAACAGCAUUACGAGCACGAUCGAUAACUCGCUCGGUCAACCAGGGAAGAGCACUAAUACGGCGGCCGCAGUCGUUGCUGCUGGUCAAAGCAGACCAAAUUCAGUAUCGCUGGUGUCACAGUGUGAAGAAGAGCAGGUGUUCGGAGAGUACAACAAACACUACACAACGAUUAAGCAAAUUGGCAAAGGAGCGUACGGAUACGUGAAGCUAAGCUAUCGCAAUACUGACCGACUAUUGAUGAUAUCAAAGUUCAUACUUAAGGAGAAACUGUGCUCCAAUUUCAUGAUCGCCACGGAAGAUAAGAAGGAGAUUCCAAUGGAGAUAUAUCUGCUGACGCACGUGAAGCAUCCGAACAUCGUGACCGUGUUCGACGUGUUUGAAAACGAGAAAUUCUUUCAGCUCGUCAUGGAGGUACAUGGAUCGGGAAUGGAUCUUUUCGAGUUUAUCGACCGACGCCCGGCGCUAACAGAAAAGCUCGGCUGCUACAUUUUUCGCCAAAUCGCCAACGCAGUCGACUAUCUUCACUCGCUGAACAUUUUGCACCGUGAUAUCAAGGACGAGAACAUCAUCAUCGAUCAACAUUUCCACGUAAAGCUUAUCGACUUUGGGUCGGCCACGUUCAUGCAGGAAGGCAAAUUGUUCUCCACCUUCUAUGGCACGACGGAAUACUGCAGUCCGGAAGUGUUGGCGGGAAACAAGUACGCUGGACCGGAACUGGAAAUGUGGUCGCUAGGCGUGACGCUGUAUGUUUUGAUGUUUUUCGAAAAUCCCUUCCUGGAUAUAGAGGAAACGCUAAAGUCGGAAUUAAUAAUACCACAGGAGAUCAGUCCCGAGCUGGAGUACGUUUUACUUGCUCUGCUCGAUAAAAAUCCCAAAACGAGAAUAACGAUGAAGCAAUUAAUCGCUACCGAGUGGUUAACUCAAGACAUCAAUCCAAGUACAUUCAAUUUUGCCCAGAUUGUGCCCUGCGAACCAUAUGAGGUGAACCCGGAGAAGUACUACAACGGUCAGAUUUAUUCUAGUCAAACUGGGCUUUCCACAUCGCCUCACAGUUUAUCGCUGGUGGACGACGAAGAUGAAGGUGACGAUGAGGAUGACGAGCCUCAUGCUCACAUUGAUGAUUCUUUUGUUGAUCCGGAAGAAUUGCAAGAUGAUGAACUUUGUCCCCUGUCUCACGAUGAUGAGAAACCACCAGAACAAUCUUACGAAAUAUACAGUGCCCGAGAUACACACGCUGCUACUAUGUUGGCCAAAGGGAUUCAUAAUCUGUCCUUGCAAGAAAAUAUCGAAACAAAGUAUACAGCGUCAUGCACCAAUCAGAACAGCCCAAAGGAUUCCGCCAAGAUUGUCGAAGUAAUUAGAACAGACUUAUUGGCGAAUUAUGAUAAAGAAAAACAGAUUAUUUCAAUCGUUGUCAAAUCAGAUCAGGCAGAAAUGCAGCAUCAUCCCGGACAACAAGAGCUAAGCGAGGGCGAUGAAGUACCAACGUCCACGAAACGAACGAAAUGCAAUUUGGCGAUGGUGAAGCAAAACACAAAGGAAACAAACCUGCACCAACAAUACCAUCAUGAUGAUGAUGGUGACACGAGCAAUGGUGAACAUAUAGUUAAUGGUUGUUGUGCUCCCCAUCAGAUGAUACUAGUGGUAACGGAUCAGGAAGAGAACAAUCACACGAUUGAUACCGAUUAUGAAAAUGAGGAAUUCGAAGAGGAGGACAUCGAUGACCGUUAACUAAGGCUUUUUAUCGCAAUAGCUAUAGGACACGUUCAAGUACGGCCUUUUAUAUCGGAUGCGCGUGGAUACUUAGUUAUAGUAAGUGUUAUUAUCUGGAUUCUUUCACCUAUGCACAAUCACAUUCACAUUAGUGUUAGUUGGUCAAUAGAAUGGAAGGAAAACCGCAGCUUAGAUGAGACAAACAUGUCCACAACACAAAACAAAUGCAAACGAACAAACAGCCAUGCUAAUCAUGCUGUGUAGACUAAUUAGCACAAUUGCUGGAAUUGGUGGCGUUAGGCAAAGGACAUGCCGCCAAUUGAAUGCUGUUUCUACUUUAUCUUUUAAUCGUCGCUGAAAAGAACCUACUUCGUUACAUAGAAGAGAUAUAAUUUAUACCGUUGUUAUAAACACUUGUGGAUGAUUAAACAUGUAUAAAAAUACUCAAGAAAAUGUUAUUAAAAUUGUGGCGCACUACACAUUGUAAAUAAGAAAACAAAAACCAAAUUUAUCGAAAUUCUUCGUUCAAUCGUCUGUAAGCAUCUAAGACAGUUGAGAGUAACUCUUUGUGUAUGUUUUUGGAUUACAAACAGAAAAGAGUAAGUAAAACCGAAUCUAUUUUCUUUCCAGUAGCU